AUCAUUUCCUGUUCAAUAUAUGCGAUGAUACGACAUGCCACUAAGAAGUAAGGACUGACGUUCGAUAAUGAAAAGCUUUUGUGACUGAACGGAGAUACACUGUCGAAAGGAAGCUAUUGAUGCCUUAUUCUACUUAAUAGACGUGAUGUCCUUUGAAAGCCGUCAUAUCAUUGUACAGCUUUCAUACGCGUCUUUUACGCGAUGAAUAUUCAUUACUAUUGCUUUUUCUAUCUAUAAAAUCUCGUUCACAGUCGAAAUCCAUAUAUAGGCGAUACUUGAAAAGUUGCGAGAAGUCUGUUCUGGAAAAUUACAUCCACGUCGUUUUGACGUAGACGCAUUAUCGUAUCGCAUGCUAAACGUAAAUCGAAACGGAAGACUCGACAACCGUAUUCGUCGAGUAGAUUAACGAUUUUCCGUGUAUCCAAGUCGCGCGAACGCGCGUUCAACGUAGACGACUACGUCGAAUUCGAACAGCAGUGGCGUAUACGCACCAGUCUCGAAAUAGCACUGCCUAAUCCCCGCUACCCCGUCGUCUUCUAUGACGCCUUUUCGGGUCGCGCUUAGUUACCACCUCUCGAGGGGAGCUGGCACAACCCAGUCGUAAGCAACGCGAUAAACUAACGACAUGUGCGCCAAUCAACCGCGUAUCUGCUCAACAAAUGUCUGUAUCCUUUGCUUGGACAUUCCUGGAGAUAUUGGUACUCGUGGGUAAUCUCUGCCAUUGCGCCGAACUAUGACCUGAAUUUCAAGACUGACUCGAUUCCGCCCAGAAUCGUACUCCCGUUGGACGUCGCACUCUUCUGCGCCCAAUUUACUACACUCCAAGAAGACUGACGUGUCUAUCUCGCGAGAUAUCGUCGCGAUAGAGAGAGAGAGAGAGUUGUCUAGAAAUGCACCUACUAGAAACGCAAGAGGCGACCAAAAUUUUGAAAAAAGCUCAAAAAAAAAAACCGAGUUCCUAGUCGUUCGAUGCGAUAGUUCUCUUUUGCUGGUUUUUUAGAACGCCAAGUUUUUUCCGUGAAUUCCAAGACAGAAGCAGACUGACAGAAAUAGAGGAUGGUUGCACGUUGAAUAAUUGUAUGUUGGAUGCGGAGGCGAGAACGCACGACCUGGAAUACUUCUGGAUCGAAGACGAAUGAAAACGAUUUCGUGAAAAAAAAAAUCAUCGUCAAAAUUAAGACAAAGGAAAACGUGCAUUUAUUCAGACUGGCUAUCUGGGUAGUAUUAGCAAUUCUUUUUUUUUCUUUUUUUUCUAUUCGGAGGGAACUGACAUUCGAUAUACGUGAUUUAUUUGUCACUAGAAACGAUUAUAAUCACGUAUUACGGUAUUAAAAGUAUCAUCUGGUUCCAGGUAUAUUUGGUUCGACUGUACGUUGCUCCAAAUUUAUAUUGUGCUAAUUAUACCUAGCUGUUACUGCUGUAACGUAUGGUUUGUCACUUUGCGAGAAACGAGAGGAUGAAUGUAACUAAGCUCAAUAUUUAAAGAUCGUGGUGUAAACUGCAGGAAACUUCAAGUAAAAUUCAAGUAAAACAUGUAAAAUAAUAUUUUUUAACACUGAUGAGAAAAGAAACGCUUCGAUUUCACGAAGAUGAUAUAUUGCUACAGAGCUUACUUCGAACAAGAGAUUUAUUUUACAAUUUCGAUACGUAAUAUUGAAGCGAUACAAGAAUGAAGAUUCCGAAAUCGCUUGAAUACAGUAACACUGUUUCUGAAAAUAGACCACGGAGACGUAGCAUCGCACAACUGCCGUCUUUCCACGAAGAACUAUAUACAUAAUAUAUGCACAGAUUUGUGAAACGUAUUCUGAAAAUACGUUUCGAAGGUGUUCAAUCAAUUUUUACAAGAAAUUACGUAACGAGGCAGAUCGUUAAGCGAUCGAGCCUGCUGAAAUUCAGCGGAAAAUAAACGAUAUCGAGGAGGGGAAACACAUAGCAGCCGCGGUGCUUCCAUCUUUCGCGAAUACGAUCGACCGUUCGAAUCGAUGUGCAACGGAACGACAUUAGCGAAAGAACGUCGGAUUCUCUUCGCAAGGGAGGAGAGCAACGGUUGCGCGAAUGCGUUUUCGCUGCGAAAUCGAUUAAAUGCUCAAGGCGAUGAUAUUCUCCGGUGUAUAACAGCGUGGAGGAGGCUGAAGAAAAAAGCUGCGACAUGUACGGGCGCCAAGGCAACUCAAAUAACACGCAACCACCACCGUGGUUGGUGCGUGCAGAAGUCACGAUUCGCCAUGGUACGCCAGUCACCUCGGAAUCCAGCCAGGUGCCAGUAAGCAUGUCCUCAACUGUCACAGAUUCAAGCGGUGUUCGCAUGAUAUAUCGAUGGAAUACCAGUCAACCAUGCCCGUCAUCGACAAUGCCAGUCGUUACGACUUCCGGCCCAACCGCGUCGUCCUCUUCUACCUCCAGCUCGUUCGGUUUCCAGCGGGGAAACAUAGUGUUCACGUCAACGCCACCUCCAAAGCCAAGCUUCACCAUUCCAAGAUCUGGAUCGUCCGGAAAUGACGACUCCGUGUCAUCCAGAGGACGGAAUGUAAAUGUCUCGGACUCGGGCUAUAACAGCGGGCAAUUUUCACCUCAAUCGUACUCGAGUUUGCCUUCUCGCCGGCCCUCCAACACUCUUUCCCAACAGUACAAUCGUCGAUGCAAAAGCACAUGCAGCAUCGUGUUGUCUGCCGUGGAUACUGCAGGCGGUUCGAAGGAAGAAAGUUUCAGCAAACAAACGAGCAGUGAAAUCGUUAAACAUUCGUACGACAGUUCUUGGCGGCAUCCAUCGGCGCAUCAACAUGUGUUUUCGCGUCAGCAGUUUAGCACGGUACCGGAAGUUUGCGAAGAGUGCCUCGAGGGGAGCACUUCCAGCGCACAUGGUACACAUUUCUGCAGCAGUGUACAGGAAAAAGUCGCGACCAAGUCGACCACCGUCAGCAAAGACGCAUCUUCACAAACGACAGACAUAGAAUCCCGGGAAUCUUCGUCAACAAUCGUCAGCGAUAACAAAGUAAGAAGGAAAGUAGCUACUGGUCUCCAUUCGUUGAACGAGCAGAAGAAGAAGAAGCAAGAGAGUCGAUCGCCAACAAUUUCCGAGACCACGAGCAUCGGUCCUUCAGUCGAUUCGGAAAGAUCCGAUUCCUCAACGAAAGAUGACAGCGCAAAACGCAAAUCGCGGACCGUGCAUAUUGACGUGUAUUGCACUGGCUCCGAUGAUGACGAAAACACCGAUACGUCGACCGAGAAUGAAUGCGAAACUCCUAUGACCGUAUUCGAGAAUCCAGACGUAAAAGUCACUCAUACUCAAGUAGCGGGUAACAUCUUGCCCAGGGGAUUUCAAGAUGACAAGGCAUUUCUGAAACGUGCUACGGAACGACGAUGCGACAGCUUUAAACACGCCCCGAUGAGGAUGCCCUCCAUAGCUAGUUCGAAGGGCUAUGACAGCGACGACGUCCUUAGCUCGCUUUAUCCCUCGCAAUUCAGUUCGUACAGUGCUCUUCGAGACCUCGAUUCUGCGCCCUUGUCUGCUGCGUCUUCUAACGCGGGCAUUCCAUUCGAUUACGAUUCGACUAUUGCUACCUCGUCUAAAGAUACCCUGUCCGACAUGGAGUCUCUGAUUAACAAAGUGGGCUUGAGCCCUUGUGAUAGUUUCGAGUAUGCGAGCAGUUCCGAUCGCGAGAGAAUACGAAGAAUGGAGGAAAUGUGGGCUAAGACAGAAGGUGAAAGAAAACAAUGGCGUUCGCCAGAAAUCGAACGCAAAUAUUUGCUGCAGAAUCGAAAGAUGAAAGAAUAUUUAAAAAAACACGAGAUAGGGUGGUCGUCGGCUGACAGUGGCGAAGAAUCUGACGAAAGCGGUACAGUUGGAUGGAGUUUCGUACCCAGUGAGGAUAAUCAAAGAAUGGUCAAAAAACUGCCGACUGUGCGACGAACAAGUAAACCUACCAUUGAGUGCACGGAUAGAAAUCCAAUAGUGGAACAAGAGCUUUUGAAUCAAAAGAAUUUACAGCAGGAUCAUUCUGAUUCCACGACGCGUAGCGAUAGUAUUCCCAAUCCGUACAGUUUUCGUGACCAAAUUGGUCCGUUCGGUUCCAACAGUCCUUCCCCUCUUCCAUCGAAAGUACCUUCGCGAGUUACUUCUCCCUUUAUGACGCCUCAGGGUGAAAGAACCGACCAUAGUUUGAAAGCCUCGAUAUUCGGCGCGGUGGUAAACGCGUUUCGAAAGCCUGGUCAUCACAUAGGACCUUCUAAGAAUCCCUCGUGUUCCUGCGAGCAUUGUCGAAGACAUUUUGAGGAACUUAAUUCACGAGAACGUUCUCGUUCUAUAAGCGAAUUCGAACGUCAAACGGGAUUUCGUUUACGGAAUGAAAAGAGGAUAUUUCGUCCGAUCCCGAGGCAUGACAAAUCUUAAGACUUGAUAUUUUGUUAGUGCGUUUUAAAAAAUUUUUUAAAUCAUAUAAUUAUCAAUACUUUCUGUUUCGAUGAAAUUGUAUUAAAAAUAUUAUAAAGUUUUGUUUUGUAAUAUAUAACGCGUGUGUUUAAGUUAUAUUUAUUGAGUAAAAUAUCGUAUUCCAUACUCAGUUUUUUUUUUUUUUUUUUUUUUUUUUAUGAUUUUUAUGAUCUGCUAAAACAUUCUGCAUUUAUAUAAGCUAAUACAGGUACACACAAUUAUUUAAUGUUGUUAAUGCUGUUAAUAAACGUUGAUUAUAUUAGUAA